AUGGACCAGCAGAAGGGGAAGGCAUCCCAGCCCAAGCGCGGGGUGCAGUGGCCCCCGCCGGAUGCUGCCUCCAACAGCAUGCUCCCCGCAGCCAAGAGGCCCAGGAUUGGAGACAUGCCGCCCCUGCCGGGCCAUGCUCCCAGUCAGAGUGCUCCAGCUGCGGCAGCAGCAGAAUCGGAGCCCAUCCUGCAGCCCAGGAAGUCUGGCAAGCCGGAGAACUUCAAGCGGCCCACCGCGCGCAGCACCAAAGGGGGCCAAAUCACCGCGCAGCUGGAGCGGGAGGUGCUGGGCGGCCGCCUGUGGCACGGCGCGUGCCGGCGCCUGAAUGAGGACCUGCCGGAUUCAGUGCCGCUGUCUUUCACGGACGCGGCCGAGUAUGUGGGCACAUUCGAGCCGCUGCUGUUUGAGGAGGCGCGCGACCUGGAGGAGAGGCAUGGUGGCUGGGUGGACGUGACAGUGACGCCGCAGCCGCAGCCGGGCGCAUUCUCGCUGAUCCGCCCGCCGCAGGCCGGCAGCGUUGUCAUCCUCACCUCGCAGCGGCCCCCCGCCCGCCAGACCCUCGACUGGCUCACCAGGCCUCCCAGGGACAGGGGCCAGCCAAGAGACAGCCCAGAACCCCCCCACGGGCCCGGCGGUGGCCACCGCAGCCGUUCCCGGUCCCCGUAUACGGGCGCACCCGGCACCAGCCGCGCCGAUUGGAACCGGCAGCAGAUGGCAGAAGGGCUGGACGGCCUGCAGCCUCAAGCACCCACUGCUAGAUCCGAGGAGACUGCAGGGCCUCAAAAGAAGCCAGCCUCCACAGAAAAGGGCCAGGCAUCGGAGCAUGCAAGUGUCUUAUCAGCUGGUGCAGAACAGGACACCGUCAUGGUGGAGAGUGAGGAUGAGGAAGGGCAGGCACUGGCGGAGCUGAGGAAGCAGGCCAGCGGCUGGUGGGGAGUGAUGCUCUCGCCGCUGGUCACACAAGUCAGGGAGUACCAGACUAUCCACAACCUCCACACCUUCCCGCUGGCGGCGAGCAUCCUGCAGCCGGAGCGCCUGAGGGAGAUUGGGGAGCGGACGCUGUCCAAGGAGGCCAUUCAAAAGAUGUGGCCCAUUGAGGUGGCCCAGAAGGGCUUCAUAGACUUCCUCAGGGAGCAGUACGACCACACCCAGCUGGAAGCCAUCGAGGUGGCGACCUGUCACCUGGGCCAGUCCAGCAAGGCGGAGCAGAAGCAGGAGCUGCUGCCCUUCAUGCUCAUCCAGGGCCCCCCCGGCACGGGAAAAACACACACUGUGAAGGGAGUGCUCAACGUGUGGCACCUGGUGCACUACCAGCGCUACUACAACUCCCUCGUGGCUGUGCUCACCUCGGACGCCAAGGCCGGCAUCAACAUGGAGAGCAUGCAGAACGCCAUCGACCGCAACAACGCCGCCGCAGACGAGCUCCUGCAGCGCAUCAUGGACACCGGCUUCUCUGACGCUCAGGUCGUGUAG